AUUUUCAAAUAAAAAAUGACUUUUUAUAUGACAUUUACUGACAAACUUUUACCAUUUGUCUAGUUGUGUGCAUUUUAUCCCUACGUUUUGUGCCAUUAUUUUACAUUUUUGGCAAUGGACUCGAUAAAGCCCAACACAUCCGUGUACGUGUACAUAGACGAACCGUCAGACUUCAACGCAAGCAGUCCAGCUGAAGGAACCACGCGUAACUUCAUUCAUGACUUGGAAUCGGACCAGCAACGAAAAUUCAACCAGCUCAAAUGCAGGACCAUUAAAGAGAACCACGAGUAUUUAAAACAACACCCGGAAGUUGAAGCCAUCAUCGUGCUGAUUUUACGAAAGGUCUUCCUGCGUCAGAAGUCCUCCAACGUAUUACAGUUUGUGGCAGAAUAUUUCCAACAGCCGUUCUUCGACAUCGAGGAUGAAAUUGUAGAUUACUUAAAGAAAAGGGGGAAGAAGUAUGUUAGAAGUGACAGAGUGGAUUUUGAGCCUUCCGAUUCCAACACGUAAACACUUCAUUGUAAAUUUUAAGUUUGUGUUAUUCCUCUAUUUUUACACUUAUGAGAUAUAAUAAAUACAAUUAAUUUACCAAGGAA